AUGGCUCCUUUUUUCCAAUCCGAGCUCGAUGAUGCCCGAAAUGAGUGGUUUGAUAAGUUCCCCAACUUUGCUUCAGGCCUCAACAUUUACAAGGUGGAGGCAUACAAGUCUGGGUCAAAAAUCGAGGAGGAACAGUUCCUUGCGCUGCGGACAUGCUGGGUGAGAAUACAUCUCAGGAACUUCAACCCACUUGAUUGGGGAAUUCGGAAUGUCGACCAUGCCUACGACUACCUAAAGAGCCAGCAGGCUUGGAAGGACUAUAUCCGUGCCACGGGGCCUCUUGAUUUCAACCUCGUGCUCCCCGUUCCUUCAUUGGGAGCAUUCGGAUUCGUCUGGUAUUACCAGCAGCUGGUCUACAAAGUGGAUUCCGACGACAUGGAGGCCUCGGCCAAAGUUGAUUUUUCGCCCAUUGCCAGGAGAACAAGAAGUAAAAUAAAAGAGCACGAGUUGCGUGAACAACAGCUCCAAACUCCCUCUAAACCAAGUCGCGGAUCGCCGCCCCCACUGCCCGAGCUAAAAGACAUUGAAAUGUUGUCUUCUUCUUUUGACGCGGACCAGACGCCGGAAUCUGCCGAGAUCCCGGAUGACCCGACCGAUUCAAAUUAUACCGAAAACGUAUCGGCCUCGACCCUUGAAGACGAACAAAUUGUUAACACUGCCCUCAUCAGUCUUGCAAGUGUCGUUACAUUUUCGCAUCCGAAAAGCAAGGGACACUGGUCUCUUCGUCGCAAGGCAUUUAAAUUUGGGGCGGACAAGGAGACGGACAAGGACAAACUAUACGAAGCCAGGAUUGAUGGCCACCUGUUCAACGCUGCAGAACCAUCAGUUUCCCAAGGUGAUUGUGGAGGUCAAAAGGCAGAAGCGCAAAUUACUUCCAGGUAUCAGAAUGCAAGAAACCGCACAGAUGGCAGCCUGGAUAUACGCGGAACCAGAUUCUCACCAACCAAUUGGAAACCCUUCAAGUAUCUUAAAGACCCCAGUUAUUCGGCCCCAUGUCCAUCUCUAAUGACGAUGUUCGAAUGCGGACCCUGGAAGGUAUCGGACAAGAACCAUAUGAGAAAUUUCAGCACCAUCCUCCUUGCAAUGACAUAUCAGCUUGCACAUUAG